AUGAACUUCGCACUCCUUCUCGCUUUCCCCGUGACCGUCGCUGCCUUGGCUCAAGGCCAAGUUGUCCCAGCCAAAGUCGCUUGGGGCGAUGAGGCCCCUGACGAUGGUUUCGAAAUCCUCGGGGGCCAGGAAGCCCAAUUCGGCAAGCACCGUUAUGUGGCUGGGCUCAAGAAGUCGCCCGAUGGUGAGACCGUGUGUGGCGGCAGUCUGAUCGCCCCCAAUGUCGUUUUGACAGCGGCUCAUUGUUUGAAAGGUUAUCUACCUUCUGUGGUGGUGGGUACACACUAUUUAACCGGUUAUCACGACGGGGAACUGGCCACUGUCAUCAAGGAAAUCAAUCACCCCGAUCCUCGCGUUGACGUAGGCAUCGCAAUCUUGGACCGCAACAUCACGAACAUCGAACCUGUGAAGCUGUUGUUUGAUUUCGUUCCGCCGGGGGUGGACACUUGGGCACGCGGCUGGGGUUUCAUCAGGAUUGGUGGACCCAAAUCGAUAGUGCUCAAGGAGGUCAUCCUCAACACCUGGAGCAACGACAAGGUCUCGGAUGCGCUCAAGUCCUUCGGUAAGCCAGUGACCGAUACGAUGUUGGCUGCUGGAGGGCUGGAAGGAGAAGACACGUGUGGGACCGACUCGGGGGGACCGUUGACCACCGAAGUAAGCGCUGGCGUGCGCUUGGUGGGGGUGGCCAGCUGGGGCGAUGGCUGUGGUCUGCUCAACAAGCCAGGUGUGUACGAACGCGUCAGUGCUUCUCAUGACUUCAUUAAACCGUACUUGCCGAAGUAA